CACUGAGGCAAGGUCUUUUGUACAGCAAGCAAUGGACAACCUGACAUUCAGACACAGCAUUCUCCUCGUGGAGGGACUCAAAGUUACACAUCAUUCCUCGUAUCCUGUUUUUAUUGUGCUUUUCUUGGCUUAUAUUUUUGCAAUUGUAUCAAACAUUACACUUAUAUUUAUGAUUUCAGCAGAGAAAAAUCUGCAUGACCCUAUGCAUUUUCUGUUCUGUAACUUGCCAGUAAAUGAUGUAAUAGGGACCACUGUCAUUUUGCCACGCUUAAUGCAAGAUGUUUUAAAAGAAGCCUCAGAGCGUUAUAUUACAUAUGUGGAGUGUGUUAUUCAAGCGUAUUUUGUGCAUGUAUUUACAGCAGCAUGUCACUAUAUAUUAAUGAUCAUGGCCUUUGACAGAUAUGUGGCUAUAUGCAAUCCACUGAGAUAUUCUGCUAUAAUGACCAAUAAAAUGGUUAUUAAACUAUCAGCAUCAGCCUGGGGGCUGGCAGUACUUGUGGUGACAAUUAUGAUAGGUCUGACUCUUCGUCUGUCUAACUGCAGAUCAACAAUUGAAAACCCUUUCUGUGAUAAUGCCUCACUUUUUAAAUUGUCAUGUGAAAAUGUAGUUAUUAACAACAUAUUUGGAGUUAUUUAUUCCGUAAUUGUAGCCUGCCUGUCAGCAGUAUCUAUAUUUAUAACAUAUGUCAAGAUUGCUGUUCUAUGUGUAAGGAGCAAAAACAAAGCACUGAACACCAAAGCCAUAAAAACCUGCAGCACUCAUUUAGCUGUUUAUUUAAUCAUGUUUAUAUCUGGAGCCAUUUUUAUUUUUCUUCAUCGUUUUCCUGAAUACUCUGAAAGCAGGAAACUAAGUAGUAUAAUGUUUCACAUUAUACCACCAGGAUUAAAUCCGUUAGUAUACGGUUUACAAACCAAAGAGAUAAGACAGAAGAUUGUUAAAGUUUGGAAUAGAAAAAUAGGAAAUUCCUGA